AUGGAUUCCGAUAAUGUUCAAGUCACCUUGCAGAAGGUUUACGCCUUUUUGGCCGCCCAUCCGCCCAUCCAGUCCGUGACUCCGGCGUCGCCCGAGUAUGCCGCCAUCCGCGCUGCUUUUGCCCUGCUCCCCGACCUCAAUCCAUGCAUCAUCGUCCGACCCCCAACCAUCCCCGAUGCGGUCGCUCUGGUGGCUUUCCUGAUUGCCAGUGACAUCCCCUUCGCCGUGCGUGCUGGAGGACACGAUAAUUUCGGACGGUCGUUCCAGGACCAGGUGGUCGCCCUGGAUUUGCGCCUCAUCAACCACGUCGAAGUCGACCCCUCAGGCGAAACCGCCCGCAUCGGCGGCGGCGCUCUGCUCGGCGACGUGAUCCCAAAGCUUCACGGGCAUGGCUUGGUGGCUGCAACCGGAACCAUCUCCGUGGUCGGCUAUGUGGGAUGGGCGCUGUAUGGCGGCUACGGGCCGUACAGCUCACAGUUCGGCCUCGGCGUCGACCAGAUUCGGGCCGCCAAAGUCAUUAAUGCCCAAGGCGAGCUCAUGGAGGCGGAUGCGGACCUGCUGCGAGCCAUCCGGGGCGCCGGAGGAGCGUUUGGCGUCGUCACCGAGAUCACCGUCCCGGUGCAUCGGCUGGAUAAAGUCCUUGCCGGCAUUUUUUUCUUCGACUCGAGCGAUCUCCCCGCCGUCAUCCGGCAAUACAAUCACGGCUACCAAGUCUUAUCCGCUGAAGGCAUUCCCUCUGCCCUAAACCUCCAGCAAGCAGUGAUCAACACCCCCACGGGCAAAGCCUUCAUUGUCCUAUUCCUCUGGGGCUCCUCAGACAUCGACACCGGGCGAGUAUGGCUCAACAAACUGUCCUCUCUCGCCCCGGUAACUUUCAACUCCGUCCAAGAGACCACACCGCCCGCCUGGCUGGACGAAGCCUCUCGGCUGGCCCCCAAGGACAGCCGCGGCCGGGUCUGGACCAUUAGCAUGCCACAACUCACCGACGAGGUCCUCGACGUAAUAGCCACCUACAUCGCUAAAAUGUCCUCCAAUCCACGACCCAACCCCGACUCCGUCUUCACCUCUCGCGAGGGACACGUCAUGUUCGAGAUCAUCGGAGCCACAGAUACGCCAGAGGAAAUGUAUGCCGUUCAGGCCUGGGGACAGCAGUUCCAGAUGGCUUUGGCACGGACGGACCCGCGGAAUAUUCUGGCUGCGCCGUACUUGUCCUUGUCAUCAUCGGAAGAAUUAGAUAUGAGGAAGGUUUAUGGAGAGCAUUAUGAGUUUUUGUCCGAGUUGAAGAGGACGCGUGAUCCGCGGGGGGUGUUUGAUGCGGCGAUUCCGAAGUUUUAG